GCAUCCCUGCUUCCAGGCAUCCAUUUCCCUCACCUCAGUGUAGUUCAUUUCCGUCUUUACAAUCUUGGAGAUUAGACGGUUAUUUCUUACCCACGUUGCUGAGAAACAUAACCUGAGGAUUUGCGUGUCGCACACGUGCUACUAUAUUUCUCUUGUAACAUACCUUGAAAUGUCUGCUUUUGCUAAAAUGAAUAAAGUAGAGAACAAAAAAGGCAAGAAACGACCGUUCGGUGAGACUCAAUCUGCAAGACUAGGGCAGAAGCAACAAAAUGUUUCUGGAUUCAAGAAAGAUUUCAAAAAGCCAAAACUUGCUAUUUCUACGCAAAAUGGAGAUUUUAAAGUAGAAAAUAAAGCAAAACCUUUCAAGAUAGCAGACAAACAAAAACAGCAUAAAAAUACGAAGCAAAAUGACAAUAGAAUGCCACCACACUUAAAAGAAAAAGUAAUUACUGCUCAACCUAAAGAAAUAUCUCUUAAAACAAAGGAAAAGAAGAUAGAUAACUUCAAGAAAACUACAUUACCUAAAGAAAAACAGCAGCAGCAGCAACAACAACAAUCUCUUAGCCAGAACAAAUCGCCUAAAAAAGAAUAUACUAUAGAGCAUUUAGAACAAAGAAUAAGAGAAAUUGAGGGAAGAGAAAAUUUAUCAAAAACUGCUAAGAAAAAAUUGUCUUUCUAUAAGAAGUUAUUGGUUAAGAAAACAGAAGGAAAGGAAUCAGAGAAAUCUGUAUCAGAAAAAAAGAAUAUUCAAACCAAUAAACAAACAAGUAAAAAUGUGCAGUUAAAUAAACAAAAAGUUAAUAAGAAUAAAGCAAAACCUUUUAUAGAAACUAAGCACAAAGCUGAAGAAGAAAAAGAAGAAGAAGAAGAAGAAGAAGAAGAUGAUGAUGAUGAUGAUGAUGAUGAUGAUGAUGAUGAUGAUGAUGAUGAUGUUGAUGUUGAUAAUUAUUAUAAUGAUUCAGAUAAUGAUGCAGGACUGAGUGAUUUGGUAGAAGAGGAAGAAGAAGGGGAAGACGAAGACGAAGACGAAGACGAAGAAGGAGAGGAUUCAGAAGAAGAUGAAGAAUUUGGAGAAGUAGAUGAAGAAGAGGAAGGUGAAGAAUCUGAAGAUGAACUUACAAUGAGCUUGCUUGAUGAUAGUGAAGAUGAAAGUGAUGAUGAAAUAAGUGACGAAGAGAACGAUGAAGAAGACGAAGUCUUCGAAGAUACAGAUGAUGAAAGCAAAGAGAUAAAGGCAGUCAUGCAAUCUCCUAAAAAGAAAGAAGAUUCUCUUAAAAAGAAUCAGUAUUCUCUUUUUGUGAAGAAUUUGCCAAAUGAUGCAAUGGAAAAUGAUAUUAAGCAGCAUUUUUUGAAAACAGUCUCGAAAAUAAUCUCUGUCACUAAGAAUAAAAAUUUUGCGAUUAUAGAGCUGGCAAAUAAAACAGAAUAUGAGAAAGGAUUAUCGUUGAAUCAGACGAAGUUCAAAGGGAAAAUGAUAAGUGUACAACAAUAUGUUCCCAGAAAACCAAUUCCUACAAAAAGGACUGAUGAUCCUAAAAGUGGGAAACAACCGAAGGAUAAUAAAACACCCCGGGUAGAAUUGAAGCAAACCAAGAAAUCACAACAGAAAAAAGGAAAAAAUAACAAUUAAUAAAACUGAUAAAAUAAUUAAGUACUAAAAGAACUUAUAUUGUGCAAGAAUUAUGAACAUUUACUUCUAAAAAUAGUAAUUUUAAAACUUAAUUGUACUUUGAUUUUCUACUUUUACGUAUAUGGUAUUUUAAACUCUAAUAGACUAUAAAUAAAUAUACAAAAUACAUAA